UUUCCAUGACAUAAAACACUUCUGUUAUAAUAUUGGCUAUCUUACUAAUGGCGCAAUAAUCGGCCCGUAAUAAUUGCGGCUACACGCUGCAUUUCAUCCUAUCCUAGAUAGAGGAUGACAGGAUUAUAACUGGCACCAAAGACACGAAUGAUCAAAUUAUGAUGCCAGUACAUGAGGAUUACUAAAAUGUAUCUCCACAGCUUUAAGCAAUGUCGUAUAGAUAUGCAGGAUAACCACAAAAUGAUGCAAGUCAAGAUAGUUGAGAACUAUGAAUUUUGAUAUGCAAAAGAAUACAAUGUUUGUAAAAUGUAUUGUCUGGGAACUCUGAUUGGUGUCACGUGCAUUUUUACAGCGAGAACGUAUUUCAUGAUAUCUUCUGGGAGCAGAGACACUUUCCAUAGCGUUCAAUUUGUUCUUUGAAAUGGCAAGCUCUAUAAGAAGCAUCGAAACUAAUAUGAAUUCCACAACGUUUCCUAUUGAUGUCAGAUCAAUACUGGAUUUAGAAGAAGACGACAUAACAGGCCAUGACCCAUCGUCCCUCAUCCUCGCAACCGUUGUAAUCUUUUUCGGGAUUUUCAUACACGUGUCCAAUAUUUUUAUCAUAUUAACCGUACUCAACCUACAAUCUGCGAGUAAUCCGGACGCUCUGAUAUUUUCCCUGUCGCUAGUUGAUUAUAUUAUGACAAUAACUGUAUUUCCAGUUGCUGCUUAUCACUAUUGGACCGGCCUAGAUAUACCAACAUGGGCUUGUAGUAUGAGUGCCUUUUUUGUGACUGCGAAUAUAUUAUUCUCUACAACAGUGGUCUCCCUGAUGACUAUAGAUCGAUUACUUGCAAUCAGAAAACCAAUUAUCUAUAAGCUUUAUCUAACCACUUCAAAUAUGAUUAAACUUUUAGUUUUUAUAAUGUUUUUGUCUAUUGGAACGGCAUCAAUUUCCUUAACGGAUCUGAUCGAGUUACAAUCUGAAGAUGAAUACUGUUUGUUUGAAGCGAAGAGUUGGUACAAUCUGUUGAUUCUAACGUUAAUAUAUCCUCAGAUUCCAAUCGUUGUGUACACAUAUUCUGGAUUUGUCCACGCUCUAAAAAUGUUUGAUCCCAGACAAAAUCAAGCAAUUGAUUCGGGAAAAGUUGAAAAAAAGAAAUCAAACUGGCGACGCUAUCCAAAGAGAUCUACGGAAAAUCAAAAAUCUAAAAGCACGAGGAAGGGAAACGGCAAUAAUUCUGUCAAUUUUAAACGAUGCAUUCGUAUGUCGAGGACUGUAGCUGCAAUAGUAAUUCUGUAUUACAUUCCAUGCUUGAUCUGGACGGCUUCAAUUUUGACUGAUUGGAUACUAGGAAGGCAUCUGGACAUCUUUAGCCAUGUCUCAAUAUUCCUAAUCAUGAUCGACUCAUCUUUCAACAUCAUCGUUUAUGCCGUUAUGUGUCUUCACUACCGACGAACAUUUCACAAAGUUGUGUGUUCACCACUGCGGAUGUGCGGGUUUGAGUGUUACAGAGAACUACCCCUUGGGCUGACACAGAGUGAAAUCCAACAUAUUUCAAAUAUAAUGGUGCUUACGGGAGCCGAACGUCCGGGCAUCACCAGGCGGGGACACAUGAAUGAUAACAGGGAAAAUCAAUCUCAAGAUGACAUGGUGCCGAUUGAUAAUCCGGCAUUUUCAAAUCCCCCAUCGGCAAACGUAAGUGAUGACGUCAUCGUGUCUACUCAUUCAUCCGACCCUAAUAUAAAUCAGAGUGAAGUUUCUGAUUAUAGUCUCCGCAAAACCACAACAGACACCACGAGGAUAGACAGUGAAGGGAGCUCUGGUGGUGUUGACAACAACGGGAUUAUCAUUACAAUCCCUGAGCAUCGAAAUAGUAGUCAAUUAAAAUCUGAAGUAAUGCGUGAAGAUGAAAAUAUAGAAUGUGCUAACGUCAAUUUGUCAAGAAGAGCAUCUAGUCGGGGUGCAGAUAACAUUUAUGCAAAACAAGCGAUAAUUAAAUGUUUAAGUGCUUCCUUGGCAGUUCCGGAGAACGCCAUACCGUAAUCAAUAAUUUGGUGUAAAAGAUAUAUUGUAGCAGAAUUGUAUUUACAGUAUUUCGUCCAUUUUCACAUCAAUAGGCAAAUUUCAAAUGAGCAUUAUUGUAAUUUAAAAAGUAGUAUUCUACGAAAUUGUUUAGGUUACACUGAUGCUUAAUCAUAUAUGUUUUAUUAUUAAAAAUUAUUUCUCUUGAAUCGGUGUUUAACCAUGUAA